AUGGACACUGCCAUUAAGUGUUUAUAUUGUGAUAAGAUCUUUGCUCAGCGUAAAUCGCUGUACGUGCAUUGUCGGAAAUUUCACGACACAUAUGUAGUACCAGUGAAAGAUUUGCAAUGUGGAGUAUGUCAAAAAGGUUUUUCAACUCCUAAAACAUUGAGUGUACAUGUAAAAAAGUUCCAUGAUGAAAUUAAUACUAACAAAACCAAAAAAAAUCAAAUGAGAAUAAUUUGUCCCUAUGACAAGUGUGUAGUCGAAUUAUUUACAUUUGUUAAACAAAGACAGCAUUUGUGUGAUGUGCAUGGCUUUGAUGUGGAAUUGGAAAAUAUUAAUUUUUGUGAUAUCUCAGAAUUUGAUUCUUGGAAACGAGAAAUGGAACAAAGGACAUCAACAAUGUACAUACUUGAUAGAGCUGCAUCAGAAUUAAGUGAUGGAAAUACAAGGCAAUUUUACUAUUGCCAUCGCUCUUACAGUUACCGAAAACAAGGUAACAAUGUUAGAGAAAUCAAAUCUAUGGGUAGUAAUAAAAUUGAACGAGCCUGUCCAUCGUUGCUAAAAGUUACUAUUUCCAAAUUUGAUGGAAAAGUGUCCACAUCAUUUUGGAAAACUCACUGUGGGCAUGAACUAGAAAUUGGUCGAAUUCGGUUGGAUGAUGAGACAAGAACAAUUAUUGCUGGAAAACUAAAGGAGGGAGUUACUUUUAAUCGUGUGUUAGAUGCUAUUCGUGAGGCUGAAAUAUCUCCAGAUACUUUUAAUCGUUCAUGCCUCUUGGAACGUCAAGAUUUGUAUAAUAUAGCACGUGCUUUUAACAUAGAUUAUGCAACAAAACGAGAUUCAAAUGAUAGUAUUAGCGUAAAAUUAUGGGUCACUGAAAUGAAAAGUCACGAAGCUGAAUGUCCAGUAUUAUAUUACAAAAAUCAAAAUGAAUCUGUCUCUUAUUUAGACAAAGCUGACUUUGCUCUAGUCUUGAUGACAAAUUUCCAAGCUCAACAAAUCAUUAAAUUUGGUUCAGAAAAAAUAUGCAUAGAUGGUACCCACGGAACAAAUGCUUAUGAUAUCCAACUGUACACUUUAUUAACUGUGGAUGAAUUUGGGUCAGGAUGCCCUGUUGCAUUUUGCUUCUUAAACCGAUCAGAUGAACUUAUUUUUAGACAAUUUUUUAAUGUUGUUAAGUCUAAGGUGGGUCAGAUUCAAUCAAAAGUUUUCAUGUCAGAUGAUGCUCCUGCAUUUUAUAAUGUUUGGUCUAGUGUUAUGGGUGCUGUUACACAUAAACUUUUGUGUACGUGGCACAUCGAUAGAAAUUGGCGUCAACAUUUGAACAAGAUAAGUGGAGUCACAGAAAAAAAGGCAAUUGUAUAUAAAACUCUAAGAGUAUUAUUGCACAAAUAA